AUGGCACAGCCUGUAGAAGCCCAGGAGAGCCCGCUGGACCGACUACGGUCGUAUCCCUUCCACACCGAUCCCGAGUUCGCCAAUGGCCUCUCCACCAUCCUCGGUCACCCCGACACACCCGCCACCGAAGCCGAGAUCAACCGCGACGACGACCUCGUCUUGCAAGCUAAAUGCUUCUUCUUCUCGCGAAAAGAGAGUCUCAAUCCACCCAUUGACUUCGCCGCGUAUAAGUCCUGGCUGGCCUCACAGUCGACAGAAGCACCCCGGGAUUCCGAAAUGGUUUCGGAAUCAUCACAAACACCGACGACAUCCUCCUCAUCAGGGCCUGUUCAAUCUGACCCGCAGGCCCCUACAAACCCAGAACCCGCCUAUCCAUCUUCGUUCGCUCAUAUCGUGGACCUGAUCACGACCGGGCAACCGAUUCCCGGGAUCCAAGAGAUCCCGGACACAGUUUUGGAAGGGCAUGAUUUAUCGAGUGCAAAGCCUCGCAGACGAAAACCGUGGGAAAGGGAGGAAACGGUCGACACCGCGGAAGACCCUACAAAUGCCGCCUCCUAA